GAGGGCUCUUCAAGAUGUCAUUGUAAGUCAUGCGAAAUCAGCCCCGGGGUGACCCUUUCUCUGUGUCCUGCGCUCCAGACCCACGGCAGACGCAGCUGGCUCCAGAGACAAAGGGAAGGCUGGCUUCGUGGCUACAGCGAGUCCAGGCGCUCUUUCAGACCCCUGUGCGGGAGCUACGGCCAUUGUCAUCCGCCUCAGCCCCUGCAGAGCUGGAGGACAUCCCAGCAGAGGCCUCAGCUCUGAGGCAAGGACCCAAGCUGGAGCCCCAGGAGCCCUCAGGCCUGGUGCGCAGAGCAACUGCCGUGAUGGUACCAGGCCUUACAGAGCCAGAGCCAUGUCCAGACCCCAUGAGCCCCUGGGACAUCCCAGGAGUGGUUUCAGCCCCGGUGCCAGGCCCCGAGCUGGAGCCCCAUGAGCCCUUGGUCCCGGGUCCCGUGGCACCUGCAGGAAUGGCACCGGGACUGGCAGAGCCAGAGGCGGACCCGGAGCCCACCCGCGCCUGUGUCGCCAUCACCCGGCACGUGUGGAGGAAGGAGGAGUGGACCAUUCUGGCAUUUCCCCAUGGCCUGGUGGCCGAGCAGCUGACCCUGAUCUGUGCGUUCCCUGUCAUCCAAAGUGAGAUCACCAUGCAGAGGAAGCUGGCCAAGGUGUAUGACCUGGAGCCUGAUGAGCGCUUCCGGUGCUUUGCCCAGGCCGUGGAGCCCCUGGAUGAGGAGGAGAGCUACAGCCUGUCCUGCCAGCUGGAGCCCCCAGGCCAGGGGGCCGGCAGAAAGUGACUAUUCUUCAGGCCCCACAAGAUGUAAAUUUACCAGCCGGCCAGGGCCAGCUGCUGUCAUCGGGCCCGCGGCCCUGCUGGUGUCCUGGCUGCAUGUGGAGGAGAGCUGCUUCCCCUUCGGGCAGGCGGCCCCUGGCGCCCCAGGACCCCAGUCUGCUUGCUGCUCCUCCUCCUCCCGCUGCUCAUCCUGAGCCUCUGCUGGGGCAGCUGCUCUGGCACCUCCUCCGUCGGCCGACUUCGGCAUCUCCCCGGGCUGCCGCUGCCUCCUCAAGGGCCUGUACGUAGCCCCUGCCAACCUGGCCGCCUUCGUGCUGUGUCCUACCCUCUGCUCGUGGCCCGCUGGACAAAGGCGAGCCACCCCACCGUGUGGAGGGUUUUCGCCUUUGAGUAGGAGGCCUCCCACCGUGACGCCAACUGCUGCCUGGGUGCCAUCAGCCACCGAGUCGUAGCCACAAUGGUCCAGAAAGAGCUGGGGCCCGUCCUCACCAUGGCCAGCCUUUCCCAGGAUGGACACAGAGACGGCGCAGUGCUGCAUGGGACCACCGCCCCCUGGGUGCCCAGCGGAGGCAUCCGAGGCUGCAAGGGUGGCCGGCUGACGCAGGGUCCCAGGACAUGCUCCCAGCGGAGCCCUUGUGCAACUCCCUCCCCUAAUCCCUGAGAAAUAGCCUCCCCAGGCACAGUGUGGUCUGGGUGUUGUGUCUGAGGUUAAUGGUUCCUGGGGGUUGGGGUCAUCCCUGUGCAGAAUGUAAUAAAUGAUGAACGGAUCGCCACCACACUGCUCUUUCUUCUCAAAGCUCUGCCCCUCCUGCAGACAUCGUGUGCCCCAGCCCACCGCACCCCCAGCCCUCAAACUCUAUGACGCAGGGGGGCCCUGACCUCCACCAGGUUUCCCUCUAUCCUCUGUUCUCCCCCCAUAAGGUGCUCAGGAAGAACGGGGCGCACUAAGCCCCAGGCUGGCACACCUUGACAGCACUGGGGAGGGCUGUUCAAACAGAAAGUGAACCUUAUUUCCUGUCACCUAUAGAUUAUGAUCAGACACAGAAACUUGCUGAUUAGAAGCCCCAGGGUGUCUCUUCAGGUCUUGAACACCACUGCAGACGUACCCAAGUAGAUCCCACGGCUGCAGGGCACCAGUCUAGCACUGUCCCAUUUAAUGAGACACAGCUGCUCCACACAUUCCAGAAAAUUCCUUUUCAAAAAACGCUGAACUUGGUCUCUCAAAGCACCUCCAAGAGGUGCACUCCUUACAUUGGGGGGCUUUCUGUGAGCCCAAUUUCUCCACACUUCACACCUCAGAGCACCCCCCAAAGCUCCCAGGUCCCCAGUCCUCCCCCAUGGUGCCCCUCAGCCAUCCAUCCCCAGGCCAGGCUGCUGAGCGGCCUGACGUCUGUGACAAAAGGCUCGGGAGGCUGAGCAGAGGCAAUUGGCUCUGGUCUCCCCAUAACACUCCCCAAGGGCUCUCGGGAUGUGUUCACCCUCCCAGGAGAGGAGGCCUGGCCUGGAGGGGAGUUCCACGAUCAGCACAAACACCUCCUUGGGGGGGCUCCAGGCUGGAGACAAGUCUUCAGGUCUUAUGCUGCAGGUGGAGCCCCAGACUGGGAAUAGGGAAGCAAGGAAUUCAUGCUGUGUGGCAGGUCAAGUACAAGCCUCUAGAAGUCUCUCUAAAGUAUAUAUUCCAGGAGAGAUUACAAACUGAUGUCGCCACCAAGGAUUUGAAAGAUGUAGGGGUUGUGAUUUCCACAUACCCUUAUUCAAGUCACUCGUUUGGCCCACUGAGAAAACAGAUGGAUCUUGGAGAUGACAGAGCAUGAUUGUGGAUUCCAUCCUACACUAGAUCCAGAUGCAAAAGCACUUGCCUGCGCUGUGUGACCGGGAGCCCAACGAGCACUUCAUGUUGUUUUUCCAGGCUGUGGAGCCCCUGGAUGAGGAGGAGAGGUGAGGCCCAGCAGGUGUGCUGUGUGGGCACCAGCAACUGGUGAAGCAGCUUGGAUUUGAA